AUGGCACCAUCAAAAUGCGACAUCAACGGCGUCGACUACGAAAAGGGCUACCUCCAAACCAUGGACCAAGUCACCACCAAAAUGGCCGGUGCACUGGGAUUCAAAGACACAGGGCAACUCUGGGACUUAUACCUGAAAGACCCCGCCACAAAACCCAUCCUCACAAGCUGGCUCGACAUAAGGAAGAAGACCUUCGGCGCAAAGUUAAAACAUGCACACAUGACGAUCCGCCCAGCAGUUAUAAAUCGGGCCUUCGAUCCGAAGAUGCAGCCUAUCAUAUCUAGUACCAGACAACCUAGAAUUGGGCGCGACGGCGUCGACGAGAAGUCUCUCGCGCCUAUGACUUGUCUCUGGAUGGCGUGGAAGCUUAUCAAAGCGAGCCCCGGGUUGUUUCGACGCAGCCAGUUGGAUACUAAACCGCCGCAUGUGGACCCGUACGAUAUCACGCAUGCUAAUAAGUUGCUGUCGUGGAUAUACCGCAAGCAAAUGGGGAGUAAGAUCCCUACCACGAGGCCGCGGAAUACCGCUGUCGAGCCGCCAGUUUUCUUCCAUGAGGGUUUGGGGGCUACGACUGCGGCAGGGCCGAGUCGGUCAGUGCGGGAUUUGUUUGGGGUGUCUUCGGGUGAUGCUGCGAAGGCUAUGGAGAAUGAGAGGGCUGUUGCUGUGGCGAGUCGGGAUGAGGAUGCUGCGAGGACUCUCAAGCUUGAUGUCGUUGGUGAGCUUACGGAUGCGAUAUAUAAUGAGUCGAACCUGGGGGGACAGAUUGCGGGUGGACGCACGCCUUGCCUCCCGAUUGAUCGGGCGAAUCUAUUGCGGCAUCUGAUGGAGAUUGAUUGUUUUCAGCAUGAUUGCAUAUUGAGUGAGACUACUCAUGAUCUUGCUGGUGAUGGUGGUGUUGGCAUGGAUGCUCCGCGCGAGGUUGCCCUAAGUGUUGCAGCAACAGAGAAUGCCCCUAGCAAUGGCCAGCACCCUAAGGCGUCAACGGAUGAGAGGCCCUCUCAUGAGGAAACCCAAGUUUCGACCAUGGACGAAAGUCCCAAAGGCACUGAGCUUAAGGCAGCUCCACCGUCACCAACACCAGCCCUUCUAUCCCUGAAUCUGGAAUCGCUUCUCGAGAACCCGACCAUGGUCGGACCAGAUGUGCCACCUUGCCAGAUCACGACUGUUGAACUCGCGAACCCAGAUCGCAUCCAAGCUAUGCACAACGAGCGUUACGAUGUGCUACUCCGUGAAUUCCAGCCUAAUGCCGACCCAGCACAAUACACAUCUGCUGAUCCAGGCAGUGGGAGCCACGCACAUAGAUGUGCGCUUCGGCGUCUCUGCCUACUUGCCUUCUCACCACGACUCGAUAAAUUCGUCUCACGAAUCAACGCUAAACAUGACCUAACGACGCAGAUGAAGGACCACGCAGAGAAAGAAGACAGAGGGUUUGCACUAUACUACGCAAACACAGCCCUAGACCUUUCCGUACCCAUGCCAUCUACACCCCUCCUCCAGGGCUCAUACUUGGCAAUGGACACGCCCAAACUGCGAAUUCUGCUCAAGAUACUCCACGACGAGGGCAUAUUUGAUACAACUACAGCAGUGGCAGCCCGCCCCCACAUAAUAAUCGUCGCCCACUGGCCCCUAAUCCUCUGGAUGACAGAGAUGUUCCUAAACUCGCUCUCCAUCCCCUUCGUGACAAUCCGACCCUCCAUGUCCGCCAAAGACCGCAGGAAAGCCAUAACGUGCUUUACAACCUCGAGCCCUAAACGCGCGUGCCAGGUGCUGCUCACGAAUUUCAAUUGCGGGGCCAAGACGAUGAAUCUGCAUACGCGCUGCUCGAGAAUGGUUGUUAUGGAGCCCCCGCUGAGUAUGAAACGGCUCUUCCAUGCUAUUGGGGGUAUUCAUCGUGUGGGGCAGAAAGAGCGUCAGAAGGUCUGGGUCCUUUAUCAGGAUCAGACGUUUAGUCGGUGGAUGGAGGCGAAUAGUACGUUGAAUGCGUUGCCUUGGGUUGCGGGGAAGAUGGAGAAGGAGCAACAGGGAGGGGGAGAGGGGUCUGGAAGCUCUGGGAGUAAGGGCAAGGGCAAGCGCAGGGCUAGUUAUGAGGGUGCGGAGGCAGAAUUGACAAGGCUGUUUGGGAGGCCUUGUGAUUUCUCUAGCUUUAUCAAUUAUUGUGAUCUUGGGGAUGGGCUGGCUGUAUCUGUUCCUGCUAAACGGGCAAGUGGCGAGGGAAUCAAGCCUAGACGGGCGAAACGGGCGAAGAAGCAAAGAAGUAAAGAAGACGCGGAAGUUUUAUCAUAUAGCUAG